AUGGUGUCAGCAGAGGAGGUUGAGCAGCUCUUGCCAUCGUUUCGAGGCAGUUAUGAUUGCGAGGUGCCUUGUCAAAGCCGAAAAGUGUUGGGCAACCUCUUCGAUUCCGCGCACGCUGGGAUACUCAAGGGUCUGUGGCAGCGCCAGCUCGUGGUGGGCAUCUAUGGGCCGCUUGACGAGCAGCUGGCGCUUGCAGCGCCCAUGUGCGAAGAGGUUUGCGUGGUCCACAAGACAAAGGUGGAGCAGAACGCACCGGGACAAGAGGCGAACAGCAUGGCGAAAGUCAUCGCAGAACGCUCUGGUUGUGCGCUGCCGGCUGCACUUUCUCCAGUCUUGGGAGUCUACAUGGUGGACUUUGUAGCCACGUUGGAGGGGGCUCCGGAUCUUCAGCUCACGGUCCAUGGGAAGGAAGUGCUUCUCUUCCACGAAGGAGAUGCGAUCGCUGAGGGAUGUCAGGGCCUCGGUGCCCUGAUGUUUUACGGUGGCUCUUUCGACAUCUUUCCAUCUUUCAGCGUCAGCGUUCGAGGCACUGACAAUGAGGACGAUCAUCUGGUUUUUCAGGUGUCUGGGAAGACGGCAUGCUGUGGAGAGUAUUCGGGCGACAUGAG